UUAUCACUACUCAGUCACUCACUCCCAAGUUUCAGCAGGCUCUAAAAAAAAAGAUCUUCUUCAAUGGCUGACGUUACCAUGGCACAGACGAGUAAGAAUAACAAGAACCCAGAACAAGAAAAGCAUGCAAAGUUCCCAGUUUUAACGGUGCUCAAGAACAACGCCGUUCUCAAGAAUAUCUUCCUCGUACACGACGGAACCAACGAAGAUCAGACGGUCCUGAUUGGGCGACAUCCUGACUGCAACAUCGUCCUCAUGCACCCCAGCGUGAGCCGCUUCCACCUCAGGAUUCGCUCCAACCCUUCUUCCCACACUAUUUCUCUCGUUGAUUUGGCUUCUGUGCAUGGUACGUGGGCUCGUGGGAUGAAGCUGGAGCCGGGGGUGACUGUGGAAUUGAAGGAAGGUGACACCUUCACUGUAGGGGUUUCUACUAGGAUUUAUCGUCUCAGCUGGGUCACUCUUACCCAAUUGAAUGUCUUUGUGCCCCAUCAACAACAAAAAGAAGGUCAACAAGAAGAGACAAUCAAGUUGGGCAUGCAGGAUGAGAAUUUGGAAUAUAGUGUGCAACGAGAGAUUCUGGAGGCUGAAGACGUGGUUUCUCUUUGUUGUGAUGAAAAGAGCAAGAGCCAUUCUGAAGAUAAGGGAUUGGGAAUUAUCAAUGGAACUGAAACAUCAUGUUUUCCUGCACACUAUGGUGGUGAAAUUAUACACUGUGACCAUCAAAUUAGUGUUUUAUCACCCCCGCAUGUACAAUCACCUCCUUAUGCAAAAUCAGUUGAUGAACUUGAUUACACUGAGAAAAUUGAAGCUUGUCCGAAAGUGGAGAUGCCUGGAGAGCCUAACUUGCUUUGCACAUUGAGAGAGUAUUUGACACAGAACUUAUGUCUGCCUGUUGUGGAAGCGGUCCAGGGGACCAAAGUGGAGUUUCAAGCCCCACAUGGUACUUUCGCAAAACAACCACCUUCUUUGGAAAUGCUUUGGUCCAGCUUGUCCACAAAUAUUGAUCCUGCGACUUUUGAUGAAAGGGAUGUUGCUGCAGUGGCUGUAACACCUUCAGAAUCUGACAAGGUUGAAGAUAUUUUAACUACCGUACCAAGAACUUUCAAUUCUGAUAACACGUGCUUGAUAGUUGACAAAGAUCUUCCUGAUUUUGAAUUUCAUCAAAUGGAAGUUGUUGAAGAAUUUUCUGUGGAUUUAGUACCUGAAGGAGAAAAACAAGGUGAAAUUCACUGGUCCAGCUUGCCUACAAAUAUUGGUCCCUCAUCUUUUGAUGUAAAAGAUACUGCUGCAGUGGCUGCAAUACCUACAGAAUAUGAGUUUGGAAUCACACAUGGAGAUAAUGACAAGGUUGGAAAUAUGUGUUUGAUGGUUGACGAAGAUAUUCCUGAUUCUGUAUUUCAUCAAGUGGAAGUUAUUGAAGAAGUUUCUGUUGAUUCAAAACGUGAUGGAGAAAAACAAGAUGAAUGCAAGGAAGAGUACACGUCAAAGUUGCAAGAUCAGAAUGGAAAAUCUUUCCGUGAGGGAGGGUACUCUCGAGAUGAUCCUGCAUCUUUUAAUGAAAAGAGCUUAGCUGUAGUAACUCUAAUACCCACAGAAUUUGAAUUUGUCUGCACACUAGGAGAUAAUGAAAUGAUUGAAGAUAUUCCUGUUUCCAAAUUUCAACCAAUCAAUAUUGUUGAAGAUGCUGUUAUGGAUUCAAUAUCUGAUGGAGGAAUAGAAAAUAAAUGUGGCAAGGAGUUGGAGUCAAAGCUGCAGGCUUCCCCGGAUGCUAAAUCCUGUCAGGAAUCUGGUAACUCAGUGGAUGAAAUAGCUGAAGAUAGUGGAAAAAAUUGUACAAAGAGCAUCUCCUCCACGUCAUUCCAUGUAGAAUCUCCAAAUUCUUCAUUGCUUUCGGAAGUUGUUUCGAACAUUACAGCUGAGAACCAGACACCUCAAUCUCUCACCGCUGUGACAGGACGCUCUGGAGGGGCAUUCCUUGAAAAACAUGUAGAAUCAACAGAGAAAAGUUCAACCUUUGGCAGUAUUUGGUCAAGAGGAUGUAAGGCUGCUAGUGCUCCCCAUGUUCGGGCCAGAAAUAGUAGAUUUAUGAACACAUCUAAGGUUGGCACUGAAGUUAAAAAGAGUAAUGUGAAAGAUGCCGUAAAUAAAUCAAUGCCAAAGGAUCUUUUCUCUCUCUUUGAUGUUGAAGGAAAAAGUUUCAGUUCAAAUAAGGAAAACCUAAGCUCAAACUCCUAUCACUUGCAGCUCAUGAGAAAGAAAGCUAAGCUAGAAGAAAUUAAAUUUCCCAUGUCACAAAGAUCACCCAAUUUGAGCUGUUUUAGUCCCAGCAUUCAUUCAUCCAAAGGCAUAACCUCUGUUUCAAAUAAAGUGAACUUGACUACAAAAGUAGCUCAAGAAUGGAAGUCACAAAGAAAGCCUCUUAAAUGUCUUGUCAACUUGGUCCAUGAGAAAGAUACGAUGGAAUUAAAAGAGAAAAUAGUGGAAAGGGUUCCCUUCAGAUCACUAACGAACACUGGAAGCAAUCAUAACUCGGUGACUGUUUCUGCUACAGAAAGUAUGAAUGAUGCCGGUAUUUGUGGGCAGAUCAUCUCAAACAAGUGCACUAAACCUUCUCAGCAUACUAGUAGAGAACAAAAGAGGAGCUGGGACAUGGUUGUAGACACUGCUUCUCUUGUGAACAAUGAGUCAAGAAAAGCUUUGCAGCUUCUACAAGGUCUCAAAGGGACUCGUUUAAUCAUUCCAAAAUCGGUCAUAAGGGAACUAGACUCUAUGAAGCAACAAUUUAGACUUUUCAGAACAACUUCCGAGGCUUCUUUGGCAUUAGAAUGGAUUAAAGAAUGCAUGGAGAAAACAAGCUGGUGGAUUCAUAUCCAAAGCUCGAUGGAAGAGUGCAGGCUGACAGUUCCAACCCUUUCAAAUAAAUGUGCUUCACCUGCUGUCGAAGAUCACAUCCUCGAAUGUGCUCUUCAGUAUAGAAAAAUGGAGAAUGUUGGACAACUUCUCCUACUUAGUCAUGAUGUUACAUUGAAAACAAAAUCCAUGGCCAAGGGGUUGCUGUGCGAGACAGUGCAACAAUUUCGCCAGAGUUUAGUAAACCCCUUCUCUGAGAGGUUCAUGUGGCCCAAGAGCUCUCCUCGAGGACUGACUUGGUGUUGCCAAGAUGAUUUAGUUUUAAGGGAGAAAUAUUGUGGAUUGCCAUCAAAGGCUGGUUUGAAGCUCAUCGCUGAGCAGUUUUUACACUUUCAUUGAUUAAACUUUUUACUAUUAUAUUCUCAUUUCCACGUUUCAAACCUACUCUAGCAAUCUGGACAACCAUUGACGUAAUCUCAACGUAAUUAUGUUAGUUUUA